UAACUUCUUCUCUCUGUACUCCCUAAUAUGUCAAACAACGCAGAGAAGACAACUGCGGCUGCAGCUGUAGAGGACGACGAUGAACCUGAUGAGUGGGAUAAGAGGAUCUUCAGCACAGGCUGCGCAGAUGAGAAUGCAAAGUUGACAGAUUGCUAUUACGAGAAGAAAGACUGGAGGGCGUGCAAGCAAGAGAUGGAGACGUUUAGAGCUUGCUGGAAGAAGCAGGGGAACGAAAAGAGAACCGACUCUAAAGAUGUAUGAUUCCCGCUGUGAUUGUGGCCUAUCAACCGCCUCUAUCAUGCCCGAAUGCUACAUCGCAACCUGUACAAAACGUAUGCAUCAAUACCAUAAGGGAAGAUUUAAAGCUUGCAAUGUGCUACCAAUAAACUUAAUGGAGAAGUGCCUUUGUUCAAAAAAGACUGGUCUGAACAGAUAC